AUGGAUAGGCGGUUAGAGCUAUCAAAUCUCGAAGUCCUUCAAACUUUAGGCACAGGCUCAUUCGGAAGAGUUCGCUUAUGUCGCAUAAAAUCAACAGGCGAUUUCGCUGCAUUAAAAAUUCUCAAAAAGUCUGACAUUCUCAAGAUGAAGCAAGUUGACCAUGUUAUUUCAGAGUUUUCCAUUCUGAGAACAAUUAGGCACCCUUUUCUGGUGAACUUAAUUGGUUUUACACAAGAUAACAGGUAUUUGUAUCUUGCGUUAGAGUUUGUAGCUGGCGGAGAACUUUUCAGUUAUUUAAGGACAAUUGGAAAGCUAGAAAGCAACCAUGCGAGGCUAUAUGCUGCGCAAAUUACGACGAUGUUUGAAUAUAUGCAUGCUCAAAAUAUCAUAUAUAGAGAUUUAAAACCAGAAAACCUGCUAAUUGGGCACGACGGGUACUUAAAAUUGACUGAUUUUGGGUUUGCAAAAGUAGUGGAAGGGAGAACUUAUACAUUAUGUGGGACUCCUGAGUACUUAGCACCUGAGAUUCUGCUGAAUAAAGGGCAUGGCAAGCCAGUUGAUUGGUGAACUUUAGGGAUCAUAAUAUACGAAAUGCUUGCAGGCAUAGAUCCUUUCACUGAUGAAGACCCAAUGGCAAUUUAUCAAAAAAUUUUAAAAGGAAAAGUAAAGUUUCCAAGAAAUUUUGAUAAAAACGCAAAAAGUUUGGUUAAGCAUAUUCUAGUUGCCGAUCUGUCCAAAAGGUAUGGAAAUUUGAAAAAUGGGGUUAAUGAUAUCAAAAAUCAUAGAUGGUUUUCAGGGCUAGACUGGGUCAGACUCCUCGCAAAAACUACAGAAAUGCCAUAUAGACCUACUGUGAGAUCUCCUGACGAUACUUCCAAUUUUUCAAGAUACCCCGACUCUCCAAACUUGUCCCCAAUUGUAAGAGCUUCUGAUGAUCCUUUCCUAGAAUGGUAG